UCAGUUGAGGUGCUUGCGAUUCACGUCAAAGCGACAUGCAUGUCACUGGUCUGUUUCACAUGUCUGCUGAUGUGCCGGGUUACGGUGUUUUCCUAUUCCGUAAUUUAGCAUUUGUGUGGUAAUACUGUUGUGUAUGGCAUCUCGCCUCUACGGUGUCUAUAGGAGCUACAUUUGAGCAAUACUACGCUCAUUCAAACAGGGUGCGAACUGAUUUUAGACGUUACGUCAGCGAGCUAGCUUUACGUGCACACCAGGGUAACGGAAGCUAACGCUAGCUGGCUGCGUUGUGGGUGUAGAGCGACAUUAGGGCUGUUUACACUGACGUUAGAAUGGGUGAGCAAAUAUGCGACGGCCCCGUUCACACAGGUAGUGAAUCCGCUAAUAACACAAAUGUUGAGAAAAACGGCGAAACAGUAGAAAGUGUGACAUAUUACACAUUAGAAGAAAUACGAGUGCAUAGUAUGAGCAGUGACUCUUGGCUCAUCAUCCACGACAAAGUGUAUGACAUCACAAGUUUCCUCGAAGAGCAUCCGGGAGGUGAGGAGGUUUUGCUAGAGCAGGCAGGUUCUGAUGCCACAGAGAGCUUUGAGGAUGUGGGUCAUUCCACAGAUGCCAGGGAGAUGCUCCAGCAGUACUACAUUGGGGAGGUGCACAUGGAUGACAGAAAAAAGGAGCAAGCAAAGGAUGAAAAUGAGGCGAACUCAGGAGAGUUCAGCUCCUGGACCACAUGGUUGAUAUCUGCUAUUGCAGCAACUAUAGUUGGUGUCAUGUAUCGCUACUAUGUGUUUGAACACAAGUCGUCUUGAGCUGGCAUCCUGUUUUCAUCUCAUCUUUUUCAUCUGGAGGCCUUGAAAUGUUUGACCAAAAAACCUCCUCACACUGAGCACGCACGAUUAGGAAUGUCUGCAUCCUCUGCAACAAGAAAAGGAGGUGAGCAGUUUGAUAAAGUACCUUUGUCCAUCUUCAUAGAGUGCACCAGACAGACAGUUGGGCAGGUACAUUUAUUAAAUUGUCUGCCUUCAUUUUCUGUGUAUUUAUUUGUCACUGCCUGAUAUCAUUAAUGCUGUCCUUAACUUAAACUUUAUAUGCAUUUGACACAUUUUGGGGUCUUUUUUGUUUACUCAUUUGCCUGCUCAGAAAAAGGUUAUUUUACCUACACGGUAUAUAUGCACCAUAAUUUCAGUGAUAAGACAGACAGGAAGCAUUUAAUGUUGAGAUGUUAGUAUGCAGAAUGGUGAUCAAAUCAGGGCAAUGGUUGACCUCUCAUUCUACUUUUUACGGUGAACAUCAUUUCCGAUGCAUUUCUUUUGUGACAUAUUUUUUACUGCUACAUUAGAAUACGAAUCAGGAGUUUAUUCCAUUCACUCUUUACAGCACUUUUCUGGUUUUAAAUUGCUUGAUUGCAUUCAUCACAUGGUUGUUAAAGCAUUCUUUACAAUUAUGUAAUUUCAGUGUCAAAUCUUUGGUAUUUUAUUACUUAAAUGGUAUCCGUGAUUAUUUAAGUUAGAAUGUGUUAUGACUUGUCCCAUAUUUCUACAGUUCUGUUAUAAGGAAUUUGUGUAAAUGUUCAAAUUGCGUGAACCCUAUAUUAAUAUACAUUUAUGUAGUAUGUAAUACAGUACUAUUUUAUUACCUCGCUAAAAUAUCUUAGAAUGAAUGAGUGAAAACCCAUGAAAGAAUAAUUAGUAAUUUUUAACUGGUGCUUUUUCACAAUUGUGUUUCAUUGUAAUGCAUCUUAAUUUUGGGGUUACGUUUUGGAUGAGUGGAAAUGCAGCUGUCAGAGGGUUUGAAUUGUAUUCAAUGAAGUCCGGUGUGUGUUUCAGGCCACAGAGCAUAUAUCUUUACUCUAUUUUAGUUGCUCAACAUCAUUAAUUCUCGAGCUUCCUGUUCAGCUGUUGGUCAUGUGUUCUGGUAAAUAAAAAGCUUCCCAAAGCAUUUCUAAGACUACAAAGACCAGAACAACUUUAAGUCCAUUUACCAACUAUUUAAAACAUUAAAAACUUCUGAAUAUAACAAUUUUUACAUGCGACUAGAAAAAGGCAGAUGUUAAAAUGUAGUGGCUGUAACGAUAAAUAUUUGCCAUCCCUCAAUUGUCAUUAAGUGUCUUUGAAUAAAAUUAUUUUAAAAAA